AUGAACAUCGAUGCUAUUCUGAUGAAGCCUGGAAUGUCUGAGCUCCUGCGCGAGAAUGCUUUGAAACUCAACAUUGCAUGCAGCUUCGUGAACUGUCUGCUUGUAGCUUUGAAAGCAUUUGCAAAAUCAACAUCAGAUUCAUCGCAGCAUCUAUUCAAGAACCCGUCCGGUUUAAUCUCCCUAAUUCUCUCCUUGCUUACUCUGGAUCGCAAUGAUUCCUCUAUCCCACUUAAUGAACCAACUUUACAGCGACUUAUCUCAAGCUCAUUCGCAACACUCAUCGAAGCUUCCAUGAACGACGACCAUAUAUGGGCUGCAUUGAAGGACUACACACAGAUGCCAGAUCUCAUAUACAGCUUACUACUCUCCGAGCCUCGACCAGGUAUCCGAAAGGAUAUUGCAGAGAUUAUUUUCUGUCUCUGCGGCGAAUCACCACUCCAAAAAGGUUACUGGUCAAACACAGUCUCGAAGAACGCCAUUUUAACUGGCAAUCUCGCGACUGCCACUGGUGCAGAUAUGGUGAAGUCAUUUUGGCAAGCCAUUUCAUUACUUUUGCCUCGAGCUGUCAAGCAUCCCCAGCUUGCACAGGAGUUCUUUGAGGUUGCCUUGGUGACUUUCCAUACUGUUGCUAUGCUCCCUACGACAGAGAUCCCAUAUAAGCAAUAUGUGCAGGAUUGGGGAAAUAUCCUUUUGAGUCACAAUGGCAAAGAGUUUGUCGGUCGUGAACGUGUUGAUCAUGUUGUCUUGGGCUUUGCUUAUCUCCUAAAGAUGUGCCUUGAGCUCGCUAUUUCAGAGAACAUUGAUGCUGGUACUACCAACCUUAUGGCGAAUUUGUUCAUCACUCUCCUUUUUCCCAAUCUAUCCGAUACCCAGGAUGAUAAGAUCCAACCAAGUAUUCCGAUCAUGAACACUACCACUCGCCAAGAGAUCUAUAGUAUCAUUCUUCUUCUUUGUCGGAGUACAAAUAAUUGCGCAGAGAUGCUCGAACUGCUCGAAGACAUAAUUCCUUAUGACUACACAUAUGAUCCCACGUGGAUAUUUGAUCGUUCGAAAACCAUUCGCUCCGCGGAAGGCUAUGCUGGUCUCCGCAACCUCUCCAACACAUGCUAUCUUAAUUCCUUAUUCACCCAAUUAUUUAUGAAUCUAGACUUCCGCAAGUUCAUCCUGGAAGUCGAAACUUCAGAAGACGAUCCUACCCAAGCAGUUCUUACUGAGACAAAGAAAGUGUUUGCAUACCUUCAAGACACAUGGCAGAAGAGUGUCGAUCCCCAGAAUGCUGUGGACACUAUUCGAACGUAUGACAAUGAGCCAAUUGAUAUCAACAUUCAGAUGGAUGUCGACGAAUUUUAUAACCUACUUUUUGAUCGAUGGGAAAGCCAAAUACGCUCCGCUGAGGAUAAGAAAAAAUUCCGAUCUUUCUAUGGCGGUCAGCUUGUACAACAAAUCAAGUCCAAGGAGUGCGAGCACAUUUCUGAGCGCCUGGAACCGUUCUCCGCCAUUCAGUGUGAUAUCAAAGGUAAGCCCGGCCUUGAGGAUAGUUUAAGGGCAUAUGUCGAAGGAGAGAUCAUGCAAGGAGAUAUACCAGACAAUCUCAUAUUUCAUUUAAAGAGAUUCGACUUUGAUGUCAUUUCAAUGAUGAGGAGUAAGAUAAACGACGAGUUCCACUUCCCUGAGCGCAUAGAUAUGUCUCCUUUCACCAUCGAUUAUCUUAGCAACCCUGAUGCACCCAUCGAACCCGAUAUGUUUGAACUCGUCGGAGUCCUGGUUCACAGCGGCACAGCUGAAUCAGGACACUACUAUUCCUACAUCAAGGAAAGGCCAUCAGCUGGGCCAAAUAACUCCUGGGUGGAAUUUAAUGACUCCGACGUUACAAGAUUCGAUCCUGCUAAAAUUCCAGACCAGUGUUUUGGUGGCACAGGCGACAAUAUGCAUAGCUUGAGCCAUGUCCGUUUUGGCUGCAAAGUGUGGAACGCAUACAUGCUCUUCUACCAACGUGUUUCGAGUAUGGAGAAAGCGAAGACAGUUUAUGAGGAUUCUAUUGGUGAUUCCCCAGCUCGCAUUCCUCUUCCGUUGGAAUUAGGAAAUCACAUCGCCCUGGAAAACGAAGUGUUCAUUCGCAUAUAUUGCCUCUUAGAUCCAAACCAUGCACGCUUCGUUGUUGGCCUCUUUAAUCGAGCACGAGAAAUCAACCGGACCGAGAACACUGAGAUCGCCUCGAAGAUUCAAAAAAUGUCAAUGCAUGUCGCCCUGGAUACUUUAGAACAGCUCGUUGCCAGAUCGAAGGACUUGCCAGAAGUUGAGCCCCUUCUUAUCGACAUCAAGAGAUCUAUCGAUGAAUGCCCUCGCGCUGCAUACUGGCUUUUGCAGUGGACCGGUAAAAGACCGCUGCUUCUGAGAAAUCUUAUUGCAAAGAGCCCCAACAGCGUUAUUCGUGUUGGCUUUUCGAAGCUUCUAGUAACGGCAUUGAGCCGCCUGCAAGAUCGAUUAGGGGACGCGGACUCCGACAGAGAACUCCAAAGUGAAUAUCAUCGAGAAUAUAUGGAUAUGCUUGAAAAAGUUGUGGGAAUCAUGGUGAUUAUGUGGACCACACUUCACUUCUACUCCCGUGCCUGGGAUGACUAUUUUGAGGUUCUCGUUGAAAUUGCCAACCUUGGACUGUAUGAGGUUGAAACACUAAUAGAGCAUGGCUUCCUUCUCCGAUGUCUGGAAAUGGUAUGGCUGGACGGUCAUGAUUCCAGGAGACUUAAAGAAGUCUAUCCCGCUUACGUACGGCUGAUCGAGAAAGGAAGAAAAUUCUCGCACUACAAACUCACCGAGCUGCUUGCUAUUUUCUUGGAGAACAUUGACAUAGCCGCCGAUCCAGUACGAACUGGUCAGUCACGACGAACAGAAGCUGGCAAGCUUGCACUUUCCUAUGCGGAGAGCGAGCUUGUUCUGGCGUUGGGUGACAAAAGGGAACUUGCACUCUUAAAGAAAGUCAUUGAGCAGCAAGAAAACGUUGAGGCGGCACGGAGAAUAUUCACUACUUUUUUGAGCACGACUCCGGCCAUCGAUGGACUGAUGGAUAGCAUAGUACAUAUGCUUGAGGAGGGCCUAGCAGUUGAACCAGCUUCUCUCGCCAGUCCGUUUCUUGAAAUAACACUCCUCUUCUGUGGCAUGGUUCCUGAAAUUGACCGUGUUCGAAGUCUCAUUGAAUUUGCUACAAAAUCAGUUGACUCGAUAAAUGAGGCCGGUGGCCGUGAUCAUAUCACUUUCAUCCAGACACUUCCAACACUUAAUAACACUGCCAUUUUGGAGCAAGACGAGUUAUUUUUCUUGUCUUUAGUGUUAGAGAUGGCACCUUAUUGGGCUCCGACAUUACUCCAUUACGAUGAUCGAUUGGUCCGAAAUUCAGCGUUUGAAUAUCUGCAAGAAAUACUGUUCCUCAAGAACCUUGAUGAUGCCACGGAAACUACUCGACAAUUCUACCAACGAACUGGACGCCAGUUGGGACAAGCCUGCAUUGAUAAACUUCAAACGACAUACCUCGCUACCUCAAAUGCCCAGACCGUUGUGGAUGCAUCGACUGUUGAAAUCAUUCAAUAUGUCAUUAAAUUGUGCAUUGAAAAGUAUUUCGAUGAGGAAAAUAUUGAAGGUGACAGAGCUAUUAUUGAUCGCGCUGGAGGUUUGUUUUUGUUUACCCUUUCGUACAUCCCGUUUGAAUCAAAGCGGAUAUAA